UUGUGAAAGCUAUAUUACAAUCCAUAAAAUUUCUGUCUUCCAAAUUGUUGAUAUCAUAUAAUCUUGGAAAUUGUUUCAGUCUUCUCAUCAAACAUUCCAUAUUUUUCUUCCAAAUUGUUUCAAUUCUUGCUUACCUACUCAUCAAAAAUUGAAAUUGUUUCUGUAAGAGAUGGCUUAUGCUGUUCUCCGUUCACUAGAUGAAACAUUACAUCGGAUCCUACGUUAUUAUGGUAUAAAAGGCUCCCUCUCUGUUAAUGGAAUCCAACAGAUUUGCAAGCUCAAAGAAAGAGUACUUUCCUUGCGUGAAUUUGUUGAAAAGUUUAAGGAGGAAGGCAGCAGGUUGGAAUCAAGAAUCAGAGAUGCAGCUAAUGAAGCAGAGGAUGUCAUCGAGCAUUGGAUGCACGAGCAUAUCCGAUCACCUCCUGCUAUGGAUAUUAAGUAUGAUCUUGGCGAGCUGAAUAUGGCGAUGGAGGAAAUGAACUCCAUUGCUGAAGAGGUGAAGGAGCUGCAGUCAUCUCCAACGCCCGCACCAGCUGUCGAUAGGAAUAAGAUGCUUCUCGAGUCAUCUCCAACACCCACGACAGCUGCUGUUGGUCUGGAGGAGCAGGUGGACAAAUUAAUAGUUUUGCUCUUCGAAUGCCUACACUGUAAUUGCAUCAUCUCAAUCACGGGGAUGGGUGGUAUUGGAAAGACAACUCUCGCCAAAGCUGUUUUUGAAGAUGACCAAGUUGGCAACCACUUUCCUGUUCGUGCCUGGAUCACCGUGUCCCAGAAUUAUCAAAUCGAAAAUGUCUAUGAAGAGCUCUUACUCUCCUUGGAGAAUCAAGUCGAAAAGGGACUUGUGGAUGAUUGUGACACAAAGGAACACAAGUUACGCCAAAUCUUCACUUCGAAGAAGUACCUGAUUGUGGUGGAUGAUCUAUGGAGUCUUAAAGCUUGGGAAGACAUAAGCAAGGUAUUUUCCUACAAUGAAAAGUAUGACGGGAGUUGGAUUAUGAUAACCUCAAGGGAUGACAAUGUGAUCCAUUAUUCCGGCUUUUUCACUGAAAAGCACAAGAUGGAUCUCAUGGAUGAGCAUUUAAGUUGGUGUAUGCUGAAGCAAAGGUUAUUUCCCAGCAAAAAAUGUCCAUCUGAGUUGGAGAAGAUCGGAAAGGAUAUUGCAAAAGCUUGUAAGGGGCUUCCCCUUGCAAUUGUGGUAGCUGCUCGUAUAUUGUCCGAAAUCCCCGAGACUCUAUCCUCGUGGGAGGAAGUUGCACAAAACAUACGGUCACGUAUAGUGGAAGAUGUGCAGUUUCAAAAUUUAAUGUCUUUGAGUUAUGCCGAACUGUCUCAUUCUUUGAGGUACUGUUUCUUAUACAUGUGUGGCUUCCAUGAUGAUUAUGAAAUUCGAGUCUCCAUGCUUGUCGAGUUAUGGAUGGUGGAAGGAUUUGUUAAUUGGCAACAUCAGGCUGAAAAAUAUGUGGGUGAGAUCGUGAGCAAAAAUCUGGCUCAUAGCACAGCCAUCAAGUCCAAUGGUGAAAUCAAAAGUUGCAUUGUCCAUGAUUUGGUACGUGACUUGUACAAAAUAAAGGCGAUAGAUGAGAAUUACGAGCGACGUCUCAGUAUUUCUCAUCUUGAUCUAAGGGAGGUUGCAAGAGGGUAUGCCUCAACGCUUCGUACCAUUAUAAGCUUCCAACGUAAUGAAAGCUCAUUACGCGGUCUGCGCAAGUUCAAAUUGCUGAGGGUGUUGGACGUGGUGGAUACAGACGCCUACUCGCUCCCUGCUUCAGUGUUCGACCUCUUUAACUUGAGGUACCUUGCUUUUGGAUGUCCAAUGGAGGUUCCAUCAGCCAUAUCCAGACUUGAGAAUCUUCGCUCUUUGGUCAUCCGUCCCAGCAAAAGAUCAAGGAAAUACAUAUACAACUCAAUGGAUGAGGCAUAUCUUCCGUUAGAGAUCUGGAUGAUGCCACUCUUGACACAUCUUGUCUCUUUCUUUGAUCUCUUGCCACAUCCAGAAGAAACAACGUCUUCUGCUCUGGAGAAGCUGCUCACACUGUCUGUGGUGAAGAAGUUGAUAUGCACUGAAGAGAUGAUGAAAAUGAUUUGCAAUGUGGAAAAGCUAGCAAUCACUUAUUUUGGAGACAGAUAUCAACAAGACUAUCAGCUCCACAAUCUUGUUCUUCUGUCUCGACUUGAGAAGCUGACACUAGUUGUGACAAAUGGAUCUCUUCUUCAGGUAAAAGCUAAGCCUGUUUUCCCAAAGACACUGGAAAAUUUAACCUUGAGUGGUUGGCGAUUUCCUUGGGAAGAUAUGAAAGCUAUUGCAGCUCUGCCCCGUCUUAAAGUGCUCAAAUUGAGAGAUCAUGCCUUUCAAGGACAUACAUGGGACACUAAUGAAGAGUGUGGUUCCGAUGAUGAAGUACAGGUGUUUAAUAAUCUGCGUUAUUUGCUAAUUGAGGAAUCUGAUUUAGAGAAUUGGGUUGUAAAAGAACGCCACUUCUCAUCCCUAAAUCACCUAGUGCUUAAAGGUUGUUGUAAGCUGAAUGAUAUUCCAAAUGCCAUUGGCACAUUUUAUCUUAAGCUAAUUGAGGUUGAUCGUGCAAACGAAUCUCUUCUCAAGUGUGCCCAACGGAUCACGAAGAAACGUGGCAUUGGCCUUAAAGUUCAAGAAUGAUAAGAUUGUAAAUCAAGGGUUUUAACAAGACAAGGCUGCAAUGGUAUUGGAACGGAGAAGCAUCAUCCUUUGAAUUCCUAUUUAUAAUUCAGUAGUAUUUUCCUUCAUAUUUGUAAAAUACUCACUACUUGAUUUGUUAGUGUAAUUAAAUUAGAAUUUUAAGUAUAAUGAAACUUCACUUAAUAAUUACAGGUUAGCCAAGUUCAUUUAGUUCGCCUUUCAUUAGGCAACUCAUAUUUAUAAUUACAGGAUUAUUGUCUUUUUUAAUUUGUUCCAUCUUUAAAUUUGAUGUUUUUCCAGAUUUUAAAUCAAGGGUUUCAACAAGACAAGGCUGCAAUGGUAUUGGAACGGAGAAGCAUCAUCCUUUGAAUUCCUAUUUAUAAUACUCACUACUCCGUAUGUAUUUCUUCAGUGUUGGGCUGAUUUUAAGAUUAAAAAUGAUGCGUAUGGGUUCAAGUA